AUGGAAUACACUUUUUUAACGUCCAGGGUCAAUACUUACAACAAAAAAUUAAGCAUUAAUGUAAAGUGGCGGCCCCCACCAAGGGGUUGGUAUAAGAUCAAUAUUGAUGGUGCCUUCAGAAGUGACUAUCUUGAAGGUGGUAUCAGCGGAGUCAUUCACGACUAUAAGGGCCAAUGGCGGACAGGUUACCACAAGAAAAUACAUGCAAUAUCACCAAUCCAAGCAGAACUUCAAGCAUUUUGGCAUGCGCUUCAACUAAUUAUCAGGGAACAAAUAUUCCCAGUUGAAGUAGAAACUGAUGCCACGGAGGUCAUACGUUUUCUUCAGGAUGAUUAUCCAACUUACAAUAAUUUAAUUUGUGAAUGCAGGUGGUUAAUAAACAAGGCAUCCGUGCAAUGGAAAAUCACAUUGAAGCAUAGCUUCCGCGAAGGGAACAUGGUUGCUCAUCUUUUGGCAAAAGCAGCACUAAUGCAAAGUAGCUAUAAUAAAUUAUGUGUCUUAGUUUUGCCACCUGAAUUUGUAAUAGAUGUCUAUGACAAAGAUCAGAAUGGUUAUAUAUAUGUUAGAAGUUGCUCUAGGGACCAUUGUGGUCAUAUGGCUGCUUUAGGUAAUGACAAUGCCUUACAUGGCAUAAUAUUAGCCCAAAAUGGCAUAUAUAAUAAUGACAAUAUUAAGGGUCAUGCGCCCUAG